GAAGCGUCAGUUACUUGGUUUGCAAAAUGAGUCGAUGGUGAAACUAAAAACAGUUUUGCGGGGAUGAAGUGUGUAUUCGUGACAGUCGGAACCACAAGGUUCGAUGAGCUCAUCGAACACAUCACGUCACCGAAAGCUGUCGAUGCUUUGAGAGAACGUGGCUUUGGGCGUCUGGUUCUACAGGUGGGGAAAGGGUCCAUUCUACCAGAAAGCAGGAGCGUUGGCCAAAUCCAGUUGGAAGCUUUUCGAUUCAAAGACUCUAUUGCAGGAGACAUAGCGACUGCUGACCUGGUCAUCAGUCAUGCAGGGGCCGGCAGCUGCUUGGAGGCCCUGGGUGCAGGAAAAUCUCUGCUGGUUGUGGUGAACGACACACUGAUGGACAACCACCAGCUGGAACUGGCCCGGCAGCUCCACAAGGACUCACACUUGCUCUACUGCACUUGCAGCACACUCACAGAGACGCUCAGGAACAUGGACCUUUCAGCUCUGCAGCCUUUCCUGCCUGGACAACCCAAGAAUUUUGCAAAUUAUUUAGGCAAAGCUGUUGGACUACAGUGAGAGUGGUAGCUUUGUUCCAAUGACAUUCUACUUAUUGCUUCUCUCAGAAUUAUCCAUUUAGGUACUUUUAAUUUACAUUCUGAAGAACACACUUAAUGUUGUGAAAGUACAGUAUUUUUUAAAUUGUGUUGCAGCUGCGUAUCAUGAGCUCAUUUUUAGAGAGACAAAUAAUCUCCUGUUUUUUAAUCUACUAUGAUACAGUGUUGUAUCUAAUCAAUGUUUGAGCGAGUCAUGGUCAGUGGGGCACUUAUUUAUUUUCAAUAAAAAUUUCCACAA